AUGGCCUCCAAUCCCCCCGCAGCAUGUUGCACCCUCGGCGUCAAACACGAAGGCGAAGCAAAAGGUUCCCUGGAACAAUUCGGCGGUGUCGAAACAUACCUCAUCUACCCAUCCGACAAAUCCACCACUCGCGCCGCCCUCCUCCUCACCGACGUCAUUGGCCAUCGCUUCAUCAAUGCCCAACUGAUCGCAGACCAAUUGGCCGCUAAUGGCUACCUGGUCGUCAUGCCCGAUCUGUUCCACGGAGAUCCCAUCCCGUUGAAUCGUCCAGCAGACUUUGAUCUCAUGGCCUGGUUGAAGGGUCCACCAGGUCACUUGCCACCGCGGGUCGAGCCCGUCGUCAAGGCGGUCCUGGCAGAAAUGAAGACCAAGUUGGGAUGUGAGAAGAUUGGAGCGGUGGGAUAUUGUUUUGGGGGCAAAUACGCCAUUCGUUUACUCAACGAUGCCCAGGUGGACGCCGCCUACGUGGCUCAUCCCAGUUUCGUCGAUGAGGACGAAUUGGCCGCGAUCCAGCGUCCCUUGUCGAUUGCGGCUGCUGAAACCGACUCCAUCUUCCCCGUCGAAAAACGUCAUGAAUCCGAGCGGAUCCUCGCCCAGACCGGUCAGGUGUAUCAGAUCAAUCUGUUUAGUGGAGUGGAACAUGGAUUCGCCGUGCGGGGGGAUAUCAGCAAGCCGGUCAUUCGGUUCGCCAAGGAGGCAGCCUUUAUGCAGAUGGUCGCUUGGUUUAAUCAGUAUGUUUAG